GAGGGGGGGCCCCGCCGCCCCCCAGCACCAUGCGCGGGGGGGGCCUGAUCCUGCUCUGCCUGCUCCGCGCGGCGCUGGGCGCAGGACACCCCCAUGGGAGCCCAAUGAUGGGUGAAGGCCCAGGGAGCGAGGGGACCCACAUCAGCCAGGACCUGGUGGGGGGCAGCUUGGCCAUCGACACACUGCCAGCCAAUGAGACACGGAUCGUGGAGGACAACCACAGCUACUACGUGUCACGGGUCUACGGGCCGGGUGAUGCUCGGCUGAGGGGGCUGUGGGUCGACUUGGCCACGGCCAACAGGAGCCAAGUGAAGAUCCAUGGGAUCCUCUCCAACACGCACCGACAGGCAUCGAGAAUCGUCCUCUCCUUCGACUUCCCCUUCUAUGGCCACCUCCUGCGGCAGGUCACGAUAGCGACCGGUGGCUUCAUCUUCAUGGGGGACGUCAUCCACCGGAUGCUCACGGCCACGCAGUACGUGGCUCCCCUCAUGGCCAACUUCAACCCCAGCUUCUCCCGCAAUUCCACCGUCCAGUACAUGGAUAACGGGACGGUGUUCGUGGUGCAGUGGGACAAGGUCUAUCUUCAGGGGAAGGAGGAGAUGGGCAGCUUCACCUUCCAGGCAGCGCUGCACAGCACCGGCAGGAUCGUCUUUGGGUACAAGGAGAUCCCCGUGCCGGUCCUGCAGAUCAGUGCCACCCAGCACCCUGUGAAAGCCGGGCUCUCCGAUGCCUUCAUGGUCCUCAACCCAUCUCCUGACGUGCCUGAGUCCCGCCGCCGGACCAUCUACGAGUACCAUCGCGUGGAGCUGGACACCAGCAAGAUCAGCAACCAGUCAGCUGUGGAGUUCACUCCCCUGCCCACCUGUCUCCAGCAUCAGAGCUGUGAAAUGUGCAUGAGCUCGGAGCUGACCUUCAACUGCAGUUGGUGCCACGUCCUGCAGAGAUGUUCCAGUGGCUUCGACCGAUACCGUGAGGAGUGGCUCUCCUAUGGCUGCGGGCAGAAGGCUGAUGAGAAGACCUGUGAGGAUUUAGCAGCUGGUGAGCACUACUCAGCACCUCCAGAGAGCUCUUCCUCCCCGCUGGAUGAGCACAUCACCACCUCCACGUCCUCGCUCUUCAUUGACGGCCUCACUACAGAAGAUGACACGAAGCUCACUCAGUAUGCAGGCAGUGAAGGGCUGGGAAGCAGCCUUCCUUCCAAGCAAGCCAGCGCCCCGAUCCACACCGGCACGAUCGUGGGGAUCGUCCUGGCCGUGCUGCUCAUCGCAGUCAUCAUCCUCACUGGCAUUUACAUCAACAGCCACCCCACAUCCACCGCUGCCCUCUUCUUCAUUGAGCGAAGGCCACAUCACUGGCCUGCCAUGAAGUUCCGAAACCACAGCAACCACGCAACGUACUCCGAGGUGGAACCAGCCAGCCAGGAGAAGGAGGGCUUUGUGGAAGCAGAGCAGUGCUGAGCGCUUCUCCCCCCUGCGCCUCAAACCUCCCAUGUCUCAAGUGUUGGAGUCUUCUGUUAUCCUAUUGCAAAGUCUUUCCCCUCUUGGAAAAGAAAGAGCGAGUAGGGGCAAAAAAAGACCCAAUGGAGCAUUUGAAGAGUGAGGUGGGAUGAUGUGGGGCUGGAUUUCCUGGAUUCCUCCCGGGA